UUGGGGCUCUUUUUUAAGGCUGUUGAGCCAAACGAGCCCAAGGCUGCACUCGUUUGGGCUUAAUUAAGUCCAAUCAGACUGUUCUGCUCCAGCUGCUGAAUCAGCAGCCUCCAGGCUUCAGUGUUCCUCCUCUCAUCACAGAGCUUCUGUCAGACUGUGAGAGAAACAAGCUCCGGAAUAGCGUUGAAUCAUGACUUUACAACUUAAAACCAGCUUAAACCUGCACUGCUCUGUGGGUCUGAUGGACUGGGACAUGGACAAGGAGCUGAAACUGGCAACAACCACUGACCACUUUUAUCAUGAUGACAAACUGAAUGAUCAAUAUGUGGUCCAAAGGCCUUCUGCAAAGGCCUCAAGAAGAAAAGAUGACUUAAUUUGGUACGAUGAGACGUCAGAUACCUUUGUUAACCCAGACCUGUGGCUGCUGGUCAAUCCCAACAUUGUUUGUCCGAUCCAGUACAGAGAAACUACAGCUGAUGUGCAUCUUAUGUGUGAACCAGCUGGGGAAAUUCAAACGCCUCAUCUGGAGUCUGCAGAGAUCCAACACCCAUAUAGAGCAGCGUUUCCAAGGUUUUCUCUUCAAGAAGAACAGCAGCACUCGGUUUCCUCCUCCAGGAAAAACAUGAUCAAGAACCGAGAUACCUCCAGACGACCAACCAAAACUAGACGUCAGGGAAGGACCUCGAAAGCCGCAGACAUCGUGAAGCCAGGAUGCUGGCCUCGUCCUCCAGUGAACUACUCCAUCCUAAUUGCACUGGCACUCAAGAGCAGCCUUUCUGGGAGCCUCAAAGUCCAGCAGAUUUACAACUUUACCAGAGAGCACUUUCCUUUCUUUCAAACAGCUCCAGAUGGCUGGAAAAACACCAUCAGACACAACUUGUGCUUCAACAGCAGCUUCCGUAAGACUUGCAACCAGCUCUACAGAGACGGCAAGAGGAAGUCGUGUUUCUGGCACCUGACUUCAGACGGCCACCGCCGGCUGAAGGACGAGCUCCACAUGUUUACAGGAGAAACCUUGAGACAGCUGGAGAGGAGCAUGUCCCACCCAGAUAUAAUUUGGAGUUUACUGAAGAUGUAAUUGCAGUUAAAAAAAUAAAUUUGAGCAUUCAAAUAAAUGCAUAAUAAAACUUGA